AUGACGGGUACUACUAUAGAAUGGUUCGGUGCGACAACUUUCCGGCUGCGUACCGGUGGUAUUACUAUCUUCUUAGAUACAUGGCUUGACAGGCCAUCUGUACUGCCACAAUACUUGGCAGUCGAUGAUGUAACUGAAGCAGAUUACAUCUUCAUCUCUCACGCCCACUUUGACCACCUCCCCGGAGCCGAUCGCAUCGCUAUUCGGACUGGUGCCAUUGUCGUUGCCAACUGCGAAGCUAUCAAUCUGCUUCGUUCUGCUGGUGUCCCGGACGAGCAGCUCUUACCCGUGUCUGGCGGAGAACGUAUACCUCUCUUCACACGUGCUGUAAGAGAUCAGGCAAAGCGCGGCGAAGUACCGUCAGCUGCAACGCUUCCAGAUCAACCAAAGAUGCCUGAUCACUCUCUUGCUUCACUUGCAGUACAUGUCUGGCCAUCACUGCAUGCUUUUCUGCCCAAUCCUCAUCCUGAUGUCAUGGACACUGCAGUUGUCUACACAGGAGAAGCCUCCCCUUACACUUGCACUUUGGACAUCACCAAUGCGAUGAAAUAUGGUCUCCUACAGCUGGACAAAUUUGUACCACAGGAUAAGAUUAACGACGGAAUGCGCUCGUUCCUCGACUAUGUCCACGAUCGGAAUGCCAAUCUGUUCUCGCAUUGCGACGGUGGCCAGCUUAUGUUCAAUAUAAUCAUCAACGGUAGCGCAAUAUUUUGGAACGCUCAUCUAGGUGCUUAUGAGGGUAUUUUUUCGAGAAUAGAGCCGAAGCCAAAAAUCGCGCUUCUAGGUAUCGCAGGACGCGCCAACCACGAUGGACGGCCUUUUGACGGGUCUGCAGCGCAGUUCGCCGUGAAACAAGUUCGUUGGCUUCAUCAGCCGGAGACGGUGAUAUGGUGCCUGCACGAUGAUAGUUGUAUCGCACCAUAUAAAGUAGAUGUGAUGGGAGCUACGACAAGUGUGGAGAAGGAGACGACCUCGGGCGUACUGGCUCUGACGCCAGGGCGACGCAUGGACUUGAACAUCUAA